AUGAAAUGAAAUGUCCAAUAUGUUCAAUGUUUCAGUAAGAUAUGAAAGAAGUUAUUACUAAGGAAUUGAACAAUUUAAUACAGCUGAUAAAAGAAGAUAAAUAUGACCAAAUUAUUUAUGCUCUACGGAAAAUACCAUUUUUAGUAAAUGACAUCAAUAGUAACAACCAAGAUUAUUAUUUUAUUUCUAUAAAACAUCAUUUAAAUUAUUUAGAAUAUCUACUAAACACUGCUCAAGUAGAUAAAAGUGAUACGGUUUUAAAUGAAUUAAUACAUUUUAUUAAACUGUUAAUUACUUUAGGCAAUGAUGACAAUUGGAUACAGGAUAUUCAACAAAUAAUUUUACAACAUAUUAACGCAAGUUUAGAACAAUCUGAUCCUAGUGAAACAUUGAAAAGUCUAGUUCAAAUUGGAUCACCGCUAAGAUUAAUGAUCAAGAUAAGUUUAAAUGAUAUAUGGGAUGUCGCAAUGGAAGUUUAUCGUUAUUCAGCAUUAUACCAUACGGAACUGUGUGCAGCUCGAUUAGACAAAGGCUCAUGCUUAACAAUGGAUGAGCUGAUUGCAGCUGUCGAAGUUUUAGCCUAUGUAGUGAAAUUGAAUCAGGCAUUAGAUGUAGAAAAUCGUAAAGAAACUAUAAAAAUACUGAAUACAGAAGAUGCCUACUGGAUAAAUUUUAUUCCUUCUGAUAUAAAACAAAAUAUUAAUUCUGUAUCAAAUUUUUAUUUUCAAAAUCUAUUAAAAUUUCGUCAGUUCAAAUAUUCCCAAGGUUUAUACCCUAUUCUAACACAUGCUGAUAUACAGAAUAUUUUAAAUUCCACACAUGAUGAAAUUCAAACACAAUUUAGACAAAUUCAAGCGUUUAAUGGCAAUAAACAUUGUGAAACUUCACUAUGUUAUUCACAUAUCAAUGUCAAAAUGCAUUGGAUCAACCAAUUGUUAAGUAAUUUAAUAUCGUUUGAAAAUCCACACGAAACCUACAGAUUACUUAACUCUGCUCCACACCCAAAGAUUAAAAAUAUGUUAAGAAAAAGUCAUGAAGUCAUAUACCUAUACCAUUCUUUCUUAUCAAUACCAAAAGUUAUCAGCGAGCUAGAGCAGGCUUCAUUCCAGGUGAAUUCCGCUGCUUAUUGUUAUUUGUUACAAUAUGCUAUUGAACGUUCACAUAACCUUAUAAAUCGGAUAAAACGUUUAGGAAAUGUACUGAAAUCAAUUAAUCAGUAUUUAUGUGAAGGUGAUAGUUUAAAGGUCACAUAUUUUCUGCAGCAUAAAGCAUUGGAUUUAUCGAAAUAUUAUCAACUAUAUGUACAGUGUACUGGUAGACAAGAUCAGUUAACUGAUGAACGGAUUAAUUUUAAAAAUAGUUUAAAUUUACUGAAUCAAUUUGAAGAUAUUGUAAUGGAAACAUUUCAGAAGUAUGCAAAAGAUAAAAUGGAAAAUUGUCAGUCAAAAAACACAGGGUUUCAAGUUUCCAGUAAUCAAAUGAAUCCACUGAACUCUUCACUUUUCUCAAAAUGGUUAUGGUCCUAUGUGACUGUUGUUGAUGAAAAUGAUAUCAAUGAGAUAUAUCAUUCAUCUGAUUAUUUUUUACGAAAUCAAUUCAUUUCAUUUUAUUAUAAUAUUGAAAGUGAACAGAUUACUUAUUGUCCUAUCAUUGAACGUUGGACAAAUGAGGUGGUUAAUUCAAAUGUUCAUCCUCCUCAUUAUUAUUCUACUCAUUUAUGGAAUAAAAAUUUAAGGCAUAUCCUAAUGUUAACAAGAAUAAAAAAUUCAGUUAAAACUGAUUAUAUCAAGAAAAUGAUCACCGAACCACCGUCAACUGAUCCUCAACUACUGAAUAGAGAAGAUAUAAUUGAAUGUUUAUUAAUUGUGAUAAAUCAUAUUACGCAUAUGACAACUUUAAAUAAUCAAAAUACAUCGAACACGCCGGAAAGUAUGACACUGACAAUCGAACAGCAGAUAAAAGCUGGUGAUAAUUUUGAUCGUCACCAUUACUAUUUUAAUAAUUAUUAUACAAAUUAUCCUUUAUAUUUGAUAAAUAUUCAAGCUCUAUGUAAGGGUUAUUUAACACGUCUAAAAGUUGAACAGUAUAAAUUACGUUUAAAUGCUUGUAAACUGAUACAGUCAAAAUGGCGCCAAAUUUAUUAUAAAAAAUGUGCACCAUUUAAAAAAACUCUUCAUGAUAACGAUACAAUUUCUUUUAAACAACUAAAUAAAAAGGAUGAAAUAGAUAUUGAUAUCCUAAAUAAAACAGUGAUUAAAUUGCAAGCAUUAUGGCGCAGUAAAAACUGUAGACGAUAUUAUCGUGAAUUAUUUCAAAUAGCUUAUAAUAAUAACAGUAAAUACUGUCGUAAUCACAAUCAGCAAGACAGUGAACACACCUCCUCUAAGUAUCAUCAUAAUGAUGAAAAUGGAAAAUUAGAAGUAGGCAAUUCAGCCUUGAACACUGAAUCACCAAGAUCAUAUUUAAAUAUUGUCCUAAGAUUUAUCAAUAAUUUAACAGGUAAGGCAAUUGAAAAAGCUUAUAUUGAAGAAGGAAGAUGCUUUCAAUUGAUAUACGACAUAAUAAGGACAAUGUAUAAAUUAAAACAAACAUCAAUAGAACUGAUUAACUCUGAUCAUUUAAUUGGUUUAUUAAUACAAGCUAGAAUCAAUAAAACAGACUGUGGUGUUAAUAGUGCUGUUCCUAUUAAUAAUAGAAUAAAAGAAUUUCAAAGACGUAAUGGGGAUGAUGAAAGAAAAGAACACAGAACAACGCAAAGACAAAUACACCAACCACAACAACACCGUCACUACCUAGACGAACAAGAGUGCAUUACUUCAGACAGAUCGAAAUGUCAACUUCCUUUGAUGAAGCCAUUUCUGCAGCCAUAUGGACAAUUGUGUUACCUCUUCUAUAACCAACCAGAUUAUUUAGUAAACUUAGUUUAUUCUCUGCCUAAAAAAUUAUUAUGGACUAAACGGCAUACACCGUCUGUAAAUGGAUCUAGUCCACACUAUAGUUUACAUAGCAUUACCACAUAUGGUUUAUGCAUAGAACGGGCUAUAUUUUCUAUAUAUAGUUAUGCUUUAUAUAAAACUGAUGAAUUAAGGCUGAUCCACUUGAUAUGUCGUUUAUUCCAUAAGGAAUUGAAACGAUAUGAUAUGUUAAAAAGCCAACAGCGUUGUACAGUCUUAGAAAAGACUGAAGAUAAACACGACCACGGCAAAGAUGGAGAUGACAGCAGCAACGUCGAAGACAGCGAGGAAGAUAGUGACAGUGACAAAGAAAAAAACAGAAAUUACCGUAGUAAAAGAAUUCAUCGACAGUAUCAUAUCACUCUCUCGUCAUUGUCAACAUCAUUUGCUUUUCGAUUGACUAUUUCGUUAGCUAAAUUAAAAACUAUUCAAUGUUUCAAUGAUGAAACACUGAAAAAUAGUCAUGUGAAUGACAGUGAUGCAAUAGAACCACAACGAUUUAUAGAACAUUUAAUCCAAUUAUUUCAAUCAUUUGUACAUGAAAUAAAUCAAUUUAAGUUAAAUGAAAGAUCAAAGUUAUUACGUGAAAGACUAAAGCAAUAUAUGUUAUCGUCACUUAAACAAUUUCCAAGGAAAUCCGAAAUAUCUAAGAAGCUUUACGCUUCUGGAAACAAGUUUUACUCAAAGUAUUCAAUCAGAAGUUCAAAUAACGAACGAUUCGCCUCCUCACCUUCACCACUUCCAUCUGUAAUCAACUCAGCGACAUCACUUCAAUCACUUUCAACUCCGUCAUCAUCUUCAUCGGACACUUUAUCAUCUCUGUCAUCUUCUUCAUCGCAAAAUCUGCAAAGGAUGAAAUCUAGUGAAUCAGAACGACUAAUGAAUCAAAAUCACUUUAGUAGAAGGUCACUUAAAUCUUCAGAUGAUGACUUACAAUCAGAUGACAGUAAUACAAAAAUCCAAUAUCAUCAUUUAGCUAAUGCAGCUUAUAAAUUCUUUCAUGGUGUAUUCAUUGAUCCUGGCCAAGCUGCUUUACCUCAAUGCCUGAAAUAUAUUAUGCAUCAAUUGUAUACUGGAUUGGUGGUGACAUUUCCUGAAGUUAAGCAAUCAGAACAUUUAAAGUUCAUUGGUCAAAUGUUAUUGCAUGCAUACUACAGUUGUGUAAUAAUCACUCCAGAUCUUCAUCAAUUACUCAAUGAAUCUAAACCCUUGAAACAGUCAACAUCAUCACCAUCAUUUAUCUUAUCCUUUUGUCAAAAUGAUAGACAGUCUAGAUCUGCUGAUCGUCUACAUACAGGUAGAAAGCACUCAUCAUCUCAAAAUUUGACCACAGCAACAAGAGGUCAUCGCAUCAGCUUCAUUAGUCGAUCAAAUCGUCGAGUGUUAAUUGCCAUAUCAAAUCUUUUCCAUUCAGUUAUAACAUGUAAACAAUACGAGAAUACUAAAUACUUUGGAUUGUUGGCUAAAAAUGUUCAACUGAAGUCAAUGCUAAACUCGUGUGUCCGUAUAUGGCAUAGUCGUUUCCAUCAGUUCAUGUUAGAUAUGGUUGUACAGACGAAAAGCGACUCCAAGACACUUGCUUCAGUAAAUUCCACAUUAUGUGGCAAACGCAUCGAAUCGUCACUACAUAGUGUCGAAGAGUUGUGCGUUAAAAAUACAAACGAUUCAUUUUUGUAUUAUCAUAAAACAUUUAUUACAACAUGGAUAUCUGGAUUACAACAAAAUAUAUUGUCAACAAGAAAUGGGAAUGAUUCAGUUGAUGAUUCUGACGGGCCAGAUGAGAUGAAUUCAACAGAAAUAUUCAAAGAUACGCAUAGAAAUGUUCAAAACACACAUAUUAUCAAUAUAACAGCAAGAGAAUUAUUUGAACUGCAUCACCUUUUGGUUACUUAUCGUGAUCAGAUUACCUUCCAUCUGAAGGAUCCAUUGCGUCAAGUGCUGAAUAACAUCGGUGCACCACCGCGUUGUAUAAUCCUAAAGGAAUCAUCUCGUCUGAUUAAACAAACUGAAACUAAUCGAAUAUGUAAUAUGUUAGAUCAUACCAUCAAUAAAACAUAUCAAUCAGCGGGGAAAAAUGUUGAUCGAUCAAGUAAUGAAUAUUUCGGCCGAAAGGUGAAACAAAAUAAACAAGGUAUUAAAUACUAUACAGAUUUCGAUGUGAAUUCAGGUCUGAAACGUUUUAAAGAUGAAAAUCAAUUCGCUUAUCUUUUGAGAUAUUCCUCAAAGAAUUCAACAGAAGUGGACAAACUCAAACAACCUCAACAACAACAACAACAACAACCGCAUCACCAUCUCGAUGCUGAUAAUGAAUUUAAACUAAUUUUGGGUGCAGAAGAAUUAGAGAUCACUUUAUUUCCAGUAUCUGAAGUUGAAAUUCUUUCAUCUAGUUUAUACAGUGCAUGUGCAUCAAUUACUCAGAUCACUGACUGUAACACAUCAACUUUUCGACCGUGUCAUUCAACGACAAAUAAAACUGGUGCAUUAUUAAAUCAGAAAAAGCAUAAAUCAGCCAGAGAAUCAAUUAGAAAGCAUAAUUGUGAAUUAUGUAGACAUCAGGUAACAUCAAUGCCGCAUUGUGCAACAGCCUGUCUUGCAUUCAGUAGUAUUUUACAAACUGCUUUCAGGCAAUAUCAAUGUGAACAUCAAGUUAAUCACAUUAGAAGUUCUAUAUCAAUUAGAUCAACUAGAAUGCACACUAGACUAAAUCCUAAUGAGACAAUACCAACAGAUUCAUCUAUGAACCGUGGAGGUCUUAAUAAAUCACCAUAUUCAACGGACCAGCAGCCUAAUUAUGACUGGCUAGCAGCUCGUAAGCUAUUGAUUCGUAUUAUGGAUCAUGUUCAGUCCAUAAAAUUGUAUAACUGUGAUAAAAAUAUUCUUAUUCUUAUAAACAAUGCUGACAGCUUGUGUACAUGGUUAAAACAAUUAGACAAAUGGGUUUGUUCAACAUUAAAUACCUUAAAAACUAAUAGAAUCGGUUUGAAAUCGACAAAAUCAGCCCUAUUUGCCGCCUCUCAUGUUUUAAAUAAUAAAAAUGAAGAGGCUAAGGAAGAAGCUGGACAUCAGAAUACGAAGCAAUUUUCACGUCUAUCAACCUCUAAUCUAUCUCUACCGACUAUGAGUAACAGUCAGUUUAAGAAGAAGUAUAUGACAUUGUCAAAUGGGAUAGAUUACCAACUAAGAAGAGGUGAAGAAGUUGACAAUGUUAAUGAGAAGGAUAAAAAAAUACAGAGAAGAAAAGAAAUAACACGACGCAUGCUAACAAGAAAUACGACUGUCAGUGGUGAAGAAACCAGUCAUCAUCUUAUCAUCAAAUUCAUUGAAAAUCUUAAAGAAGAUAUAUCAAAAUUGUGGUUAACAUUAAAACGUUUACAUAAAGCUGGUUUAAUUAGAGCCGAGGAUGGAUAUAAUACACUUAUUAUAUCAUUGGCUCGUGAUAUAUGUCACUUGAAUAGGCCAUGUCAGAUGGAGGAAUGGUUACACUUAAAAGAAAGACUAAAUCAAGUAUUGAAACAAUUGAAUUCAGAGUUACACAGUGUAGAUCAACAGGCUACAAUAUAUGCUGCACAUGCCCUCCUCUGUCUUACACCGAAUAAUAUGAAGAAUAUAGAGAAUAAUAAAAUGACAGGAGAAGGAGGAUUUUUAUAGACGGCUACAAACAGUAAUGGACAACAUCC